GCCACGUGUGGGACGGCGUUGCACUUGAGCAGCCGUAGGCGAGAAUGUCACAUGAUAUGCAAACGACUCAAAGAUUGGGCAGUCGGAGCGAGGCGGACACUCUGGUGGCGAAAGAUGACAUUCACGAAGACAAGAACACACGAUACCCAGUAGCAAUUCAACAAGAAAUGACAGCUGGCAACCAAGACCAACCGUGCGUGACCAAGAGUGUUGGCGUGGAGCUCCUAACCACCCUGCAGCCCACGCGUUCCAGUGCCUUGACAUUGCAGAACACAGCAUCAACAGCCCGAAUCCGAGCCCCACAAUGCCCACAGGCGACCAAACACACCGCCCAAGAGCCACACACACCAGGGCUGUCCCCAGAUCAGAGGCCCCGAGAAGCCGGUUCGCAGAGCGCACGACAUGGAUCGCCCCCUCCCUCAUGGUCCUGGAGGCGAUGGGGACGUUGGCUGGAAAGACGUUUUGGAACACAUUCGCUGCGACCACGACGCCACACGAGCUCGUUCCGCGUCUCCCACCGACUCGACGACGGCGUCGCUCUGCUGGCCGCUCCGUCGACCGUGGCACCGGGCAGCAGCGGGAAGCUGGCAUUGCUGCGGCAGCCGAGCGCUCUCUGCGUGUCGGCGACGCAGUCGCGACGCCGCUCGCUACUCGCGAGGCUCACACGAGUCCGUUGUGCACGGGGUGUUGGUCGCGGUUAGUCCCCGGCGCCCGCGCUGCCUGGCCGGGUUUAGGAGCGUCUCGGUGGCCGUGGUUGCACGCUGCUGCCGGCAUUGUGUCGGUUGUUUCCGCUGUUCGCGGACUGCGAGGACUGGGCAUGAGGGGGCGCGGAGCGGGAUGCAGGGCGCUGGCGGCCGCGGAGAUGGAGCUGACUGUGCGUCUUUGUCUACUGGUCUGUUCGCUGAUACGACGCAGAUUCGAUCCAGGCCGUGCGAAUUCGACGGUUGGAAGGCCAGUGCGAAGUCCAAGGGAUGACCUGUACUGUACGGAGAAAGUAAAGUCUAUGGGUAUUUGACACCUGCUGGGCGCGGACAGGCUGGAGGAUCUACCUGGUACAGCGUCUGCCAAAGAGACGAGUGUCUGUGCUCCAAAAGCCUUCUGCACAAUCUACUCCUAUCUCAUGCAGCGGCUGCUAUCAUAUAUGAAGCAAUAGCUCCAUCUAGCCGAGGACGAUUG